AUGGAUCGUGUCUAUAGGCGUGUGAUGGGAGUACCGCCGGAUUCACCAUUUUCAGCGUACAUUUGGGAAACAAACGGCUUUGGUCAAGUGGUGUAUGUGUCCCAGUCGAACGCUAGUGUCGACACGUUCUGGAAGAAGAAGACGGAAAUCCGAGAUGCCCUCUUGGAAAUGGCGUUGCAGAUUAAACGAUCGGAAGGAUUCGAACUGUACUUACACGGACUCGUGUAUAGAAACAAUAGAACGGUUCGAUGGGAUGAAGAUUAUAACGAUGAGGAGAAAACAAGCACGAAGGGUUUGACUGAGCAAUUGAAGGAAAUGGUAUCUCAGGCACUUGCCCAUCUCACGAGCGUUUAUCUGAGUUCAGUACAGGUCACGAGAGUAGAACUGUUCGAUGUGAAUUCGGCCGUUGGCGCUCUGAUGGAGGUCAGAUCUCUGGCCAACGUAUUUCCCUGGGUUGACUAUAAAAAUGUGUUCCAGCAAAUGCAUGAAACUGUUUUUGAUACUGGUGUGAAGUUGAUUUUGUCUGACCGGUUCACAUUUUUGACACUUGGUGAUCCGGACGUUUACAGAUGUAUACUAGAUCGUUAUUCGCAUUGA